AAAUAAAAAAUGGCUGUUGAAUUUGCACCAAAUCCAAGUUCUGCAUUUAAUAUAAGCAGCCAACAAAAAGAAGCGUUAGAAAUUGCUGCUCGAAUGGUUGAUGCACAUCUACAAAUGGAUAGCUCUUACACACAACUAAUUGAUCUUCUAAAAGGAACAUCUGGUAUUCCGAGUGUCAGUGGCUUAACAGAUCAAGAUUAUCCUGGAGUUACAGGUCUUGGUAGCAGUUUAAAAUCACUUUCUCAAGUUAAAAUUGUGAAUCGUGUUCCACUUCCAGUAGAAUUGGUUGAACAGUUUGGACACAUGCAAAGUAAUUGUCAAAUGGGACUGUUCACAGAUAUUGAAAGAGCAUGGCUUACUAUUGACAGUGAUAUUUUUAUUUGGAGAUAUGAAGAUGGAGGUGAUCUUGCAUAUUUUGAUGGUUUGAGUGAAACUAUUCUCAGUGUCAACCUUGUUAGACCUAAACCUGGAAUAUUUCUUAAUCAUGUAUCAUUUUUACUUUGUCUAACAACACCAGUAGAAAUUGUUUUGUUAGGAGUCAGUUUUAACAGGCAGCAAGAAAAUGCUCCUGUUUAUGAAGAAAUGCAUCUAUUGGCAGAACCUCUCUUCUCAAUACCUACAGAUAAUUCAUACAUGUUGACAAUAUCUGGAAUUCAUAAUGGUCGAAUAUUUAUGGGAGGAAAAGAUGGAUGUUUAUAUGAAUUGGCAUAUCAGGCCAGAGAUGGUUGGUUUAGCAGAAAAUGUCAGAAAAUCAAUCACUCAAGUAGCUAUUUAUCUUUUCUUGUUCCAUCUUUUCUAAAUUUCGCAUUUAGUGAAGAAGAUCCCAUUGUACAAAUUGAAAUAGAUAAUAGCAGAUAUAUUUUAUAUACUAGAUCUGAGAAAGGAGGAAUUCAGGUGUUUGACUUGGGAAAUGAUGGCAAACAAACAAGCAGAGUUACUGGCCUUUCUCAGAAUGCAAUAGUUGAACAAGCUGUACAUAUUGCAAAGACUAUAGACAGAUCACACUUUCAUCCAAUUGUUCAUAUUAGUUCUGUAGAGCUACCAGAAUCAUUUUUAGUUCAUCUAGUUGCCAUUACCCAAACAGGUGUUCGGCUCUAUUUCACUACAACAUCACUUAUUCAUCCAGAAAUUCGACCUGUUACACUUUCUCUUCUUCACGUAAGGCUUCCUCCGGGAUUUUCUGCCAAUGCUCCUCCUGAUCGACCAUCAAAUGUUCAUCUUGCACAUUAUAGAAAAGGUACAGCAUUAUUAGCAUCAGCAAGAAAUGAUGACAGUGAUAUUCUUUGGGCAAUGAGCAAUGAUACAUUUCCAUUUCAACCAAUUUUAAUGGAAAUUCAUACUAUUCUUCCCAUUACUGGCAGAACAUGGGCAAUGGCUGAAGUUCCUAUUUUGCAGCCACCGAAACCAUUUUGUCCAAUGGUUUUUAAUAACAUAAAUGUUUAUACUGAACCACCACUUUUGGUAACACAGCAUAUGGAAUAUCCUAGACAAUUUGUUUUGCUUUCAGAAACUCAAGCCUGUGCUACUUGUUUAAUUCUUGCAUGUUCAAAUUUACCACAAGAUAAACAGGUUGCAAAUUGGGCUACACUUGCUUUUUUUCGAUACGGAGGAGAACCACACAUCACUUUUCCUGCAGCAACGGGUCCCCAGAAUCCAGUAAUGACUCCACAUAGUCCAUUAUAUGGCUUAGGUAGUAGAACAGCAGGACAAGUUUGGUCUAGUACACCAGCUGUUGGAAAUCCGGUUACUUCACCAGCUAUUCCAGUUAGUCCAGUAAUGCCAGUUGGAGCAUUUGAUCAUUCACAACAACCAUUUCAACCACAGAGUACUUUACAGACAAGUGCUAUGCCAGUUACUGGUCCAGAAAUUGUUUAUUCGGGAAAACAUAAUGGUCUCUUUUUAUAUUUUUCACGAAUAUUAAGACCUAUUUGGAAUGUAAACAUUGUUUCUAAUGUUCCUUCUAAAAAUGAACAAAAUGAAGUUGGAGAAUUUCUUGCCAGCAAUGUAAAUUCUACAGAUAUUUCAAUUUAUUUAGAAAAAUUAAAAGCACUAAGAGAUUUUGUUCAAGAUAAUUCACAAUUUUCUGUUAAUAUGGGAGCUUCAAAUAUCAAUCCUAUUCAAAACCUACCACAACGUGUUCUUAAUUACAUUCGUCCUGAUUGCUUCAAUCCAUCAGAAGCCAAUCAAAUGCAACAACAAUUACAAAAGAAAUCACAAGCUGAAGCUGAAAUUCAAGAAAGAGCAUCUCUUGUUAAUCUUCAUCAGCUAAUACAUUAUACUUGUGAAGUAUUAGGCCUUUGGAAAGUCUUGUGUGAUCAUCAGUUCCAUGUAAUAUCAAAUUUGUUAACACCUGAACUGAAAACUCAAAUUAAAUCCAUGAUAUUUAGAGAUUUGAUCAUAUCUGGAAAAGAAGUUACAACUGCAUUAGUUAAUGCUUUAAUAAAUUUAUAUUUGGAUGAUAAUGCUACAACUGAUGCAAUAAGUAAUAGAUUAAGGGAAGUAUGUCCUUCUAUAUAUAGGAAUGAAGAUGCACUUUUUUCAAAGGCUCAUGAAAAGCUUCUCUCAGCUAAGACAAUUCAAAAUAACCAAGAAAGAGAAAAUAUAUUAAAAGAAUCACUUCAGUUAUGCAAACAAAUAAGUUCACAACUUAAUUUAAGAGCUGUUUGUGUAUUAUUUCAAGCAGUUCAUUACUAUGAUGGCAUAGUUGAUUUGUGUUUAAGUGCAGCACAGAAGAGAGAUCCACAAAAUAUAGCUUUACAUUACUACAACAAUGGAGAACCACCAGAUGAUAAUCAAGGAUUGCAGGCAUAUUUAAAUAGAAUGGAAUGUUACAAAUCUGUCAUGGAAGUUUUGGGGCAAUUACUGUCAAUAACAGCAUCUCAUCCUCAAGCUCCAAAUGUUCCAAAAUCACCUGGACCUCCUGCAAGUGAAGAUUAUUCUCUUUUGACUCCAGAAGAAGCAAAAUCUUAUGUGGAGCACACUUUUCAAAUUGCAUUAAAAUGUGGUGAUGAAUUAUUUCAUGUUGCAUUGUAUGAUUGGUUAAUUGAAUGCCAUCAAAUGGAAAAAUUAUUGGAGAUUAAAUCACCAUAUUUAGAAAGAUAUUUGAAAAGAUGUAAUAGUGUACAGCCUAAUAAUAUAGCCUAUAUUGAUUUAAUGUGGAAAUAUUAUGAAAAGAAUCACAGUUAUGCUGCUGCAGCUAGAAUUUUAGCAAAACUUGCAGAUAAACAUGGAACUGAAAUCAAUCUUCAGCAAAGGAUUCAAUAUCUUGCACAUGCAAUUAUGUGCAUUAAAAGUUCAGAAAUGAGAAUAACUGCAUCAGGUGAAGGAGAAUUUUUGCAUGAACUUGAAGAAAAAAUGGAAGUGGCUCGCAUUCAACAAAGAAUAUUUGAAAUGCUUCAACAAAGGAGUGAUUUGCGAGGUGUUCCAGAUGCACUUUCAAGGUUGAAUGCUGAUUUAUUAGAUAUAACAGAAUUAUUUGAAAAAUUUGCUCAUCCCUUUGAUUUACCCGAAUGUGAACUUGCUAUCAUACACUGUGCUGGUCAUUAUGAUCCUACUCUAGUCGAAAAUUUAUGGCAGAGGAUAAUAGAUAGAGAGAUUAAUGCCACUGCUAAUAACACUACUCAAACAAGAAUGGAAGUUCUUGCAAAUAAAUUGAAAUCAUUGGGAAAAAUCUAUAUUCUUUCACAGAAAUAUUUUCCUCUUGCAUUUUUAAUUAGGUAUUUAGAAGAGAAAUUAAGUUCUGAACAGUUUGAUGUAAAAUGGACAUUUACCACAUUGUUGUCAAUAGGAGUUCCUUUACCACAAUUAUUAGAUGUAUAUCAUAGAUUAUACAAGUCUAAAGUUUCUUCAUUACAUAUUAAAAGACCUCUGCAUUUAUUACAUGUACUUUGUCAGUUGUUAAAUACAUAUGUUGAUAAUCCAAAAUCCAUAUCACAGUCUGAAAGGCGCCAACUCACCACACAAUGUUUGGAUAUGGUCGCGUGUUAUCUCGUGGACGUCCAAUCGAUGAAUGAUUCUGACCCGGCCAUUCAGAACUUAACUUCGGAGUUAAGAAGCGUUCAAUACAAAUUAGAACGCAUCACAUGAUUAUGCAUAAAAUUUUUAUAUGUGAUUUAUUACAAUUGUAAAAUUAGAAAACAUCAAUCAUAUUAUAAUUGGAAAUUGUUAUCUUAAGAAAUGUAGGAUCAUUUCCAAUGUAUUGUGAUACCAAAUUGUGAAAAUUUUAAAUGAAUGAGCCUAGGACAUUUUUUAAUAGGAACAAAAAUUGUUGUUUAAAUAACUUUUGGAAUAACAUUUAUCAUCACUUAUUAAUAUGUUGAAUUAAAAGGAAAAUGUUUUUAUAGGUUAGACGAGAUAGAAAAAUAAUGCUUUUUGGAAAGUUUAUAGAGAUAUUUUAAAAAUGCUGGAAAAUCUAUUUGUACAUAUUACUUUGGAUAUGUGUAAAUUAAAACUUGAUUUGCUUUAUACAGUUUUUAAUUAUAUCCGGAAAUAUAACUUUGUUACUGUAAUGCAUUAAAACAAAACAACUCGCUCUACUUGUUUAGAUUAAUUAAAAACAAAAAUAAAAAAAAAUUAUAUUAAGAUUUUUGUGGAAAUCCCAACCUACUAAAAACUGGACAUCAAGGAUAUUUAUAAGAUACAGUUUGAAUUUUUAAUUUAUUUUUGUGAGUAAGUAGAAGAGAAUGAAAAUUUAGUUGUAGAAUUUUUUCCCUAUAAAUUUAUUUUUUAUAAUACUCUAAAUAAAACUGUUUGAUAUAAGGUUAUAUGUUCAAAAAAUAACAAAAUAUAAAGGUAUUAAUAAACUUUUCAAUCAAAAGUGAGUAAUUUAAAACUCUGAAAUGUUCCUAAAAUCAUAAAUUAAUCAAAUAAAAAAAAUCAACAUGUAAGAACCCACGUCCAAGGACAGAUUUCAGGUAUUAAAGUGUAAAGCCGAAACCCUAGAGGCGAUUUAUAUACAGAUUAUGACCUUCAGCACUUUUCCUGAUCGCGUUCAUAAUCGAAAUCUCAGUAUCUAGUUUGCCGUGAACGGUUUAAGGAACAGUAUGGCACCGAAUCACAGAUGGAAACCUUGAGGCACGCUCUGGUCCAAUGCAAGGUCAUAGAGUUCCAAAUUUCUAAAAUGCCACUCCCCAAAGAGUAUUUUCUCGAAGGGGAUGAUUUCUAUUAGUAAUACUAUUGUUCGGAAGAUUUAAAAAAUCCCCCAAUUCUUCUCGUUAAAAUUGCGGAAAUCGUAUCCUAUUGUUAAUUGAAUCUUGGCCACUUUACAAUGUCGUUAACGCUCCUAUCUGAUUUUCC